AUGACUCACGAGAUAUAUUCCUACACAUUAAGCCAACUUGAUGAUCUUGAGAGUGGUCUUGAAUUUUACGAGUUUAGUGCAAAAACCGCUUGGAGACUAGGCGUAUUUGCGCGGGAAUUCUGUCAACAAGAAUAUCCAGAUAGACCUAUAAUAAUAGACAUUACCUUAGCUAAUGGUCAUCAGUUGUUUCGCACCGCUGUAUCCUCAGGGACUACUGCGGAUAAUGACGAAUGGAUACGAAGGAAAUAUAACACGGUUUUCAGGUUUGGCAAGUCGAGUUUUCAUGUCGGACAAAAACUACGAUUAAAAGGAAAGUCGAUGGAGGAAGCUUUGUUUAUUUCAUCGAAGGAGUACGCUGGCCAUGGAGGAAGUGUGCCUAUAAGAGUAAAAUCAUUUGAUGGGAUUGUUGGAGCUUUCACAAUUAGUGGAUUGGCACAGGAGGAGGAUCAUUUAUUGACACUAAAGAUCUUGAAUGAGUACAUCAACAACCGUGCCUAG